UUUUGCCCUAAUACGAGUGUUGUAAAAAAAUCACAAAUGGAUAACGAACUGGAAUUAAUCAACCGCAAUUUAAACGUUGCGCUGGCCAAGUUGAAAAACAGCAAACACAAUAACUUGCAGGAUCUUAAGCUAAAGAUGGCCCGCCUGAUACGACUCCACUUGCAGCACGUGGAAACUACUGUGAUCUUGCUCAGGCGGAGGACGCAGCAGAGGACCAGGCGUCGGUUUAGGAUGCUGCGCACGUUUUUUAUGCGCCAGAUGAUGGAGAUGCACUCAAACUACCUGCACACGUACGCCAUGCUGCGCCUGAAGCAUUCCCAAGUCGUGGACACGGAAUCGGAAACCAGCGAUGUCGAUGGAGAACCGCAUGAGGAGAUUGGCGUGCAGGGAACCUUUCCCAGCUUCGAUUCCCAUUUCUUUGAAAAUGUUAUUCCUGCGCUGAGCGAGGAGGACUUUCUCAACACACUCCAUGUGACUCGGGGAACCUUUGAGACCUUGUGCAAGCAGCUGUCUCCCUCUCUGCGGACUUCGGAUGAACUGACUCAAAGAGAGCCAGUAAUUUCUACCGAGAAGUGUGUGGCUCUGGCCCUGAACUUCCUGGCUAGCGGCGAGCGGCUAUCUCUGAUUGCCGAGAGAUUUUCUCUGCCCCGUCCAAGGACCAUCAAGUGUUUAAAGGUCUUUUGCAACGCCGUGAUGUCCACUUUGGGCCGGGCGCUUCGCCAAUUACCACAGAACCCAGUGGACUGCAAUAGUGUGGUCGAGGGAUUCCAGCGAGAAAGCAACAUGCCCGCCGCACUCGUCGGCGUCCUUGGCGUCUGCUCCAUUCCCAUCCGGUCCAAUGGCGAGGCCAAGAACUCGAUACUGCGCAUGGAGUAUCUCCUGGACGAUCGAAUGCUCUUUCGGGAGCUGCAAUUGGGAUGUGGCUUGCGGGCCACGCUGGGACCUAUGUUUUCCCACGCACCCAAUACUCUCACCGCAAUCCCUAAAUUCCGCAUUAAUUCCCGACUAGUUCCGGCCUUUGUCUUGGCCCCGGUGUACCAGAAUUAUCCACUGCGUCCCUGGCUUUUGCAGUGCUAUACUGAUCCGAUAGCUCCGCACGAGCACGACUUCAACGAGGUUGCCGAGCAUCUGCAGGAGUUGAGUGACUGCGCAUUGCAUCGCCUCAUGUCCCGCUGGAGCUUCCUAAGCCAACCCCUGGACAUUAGCUUCCAUACGGCCUCGUGCAUCAUCACAGCAGCCGCAGUGUUGCACAAUCUACUGGAAGAACUGAGCGAACCACACAUGCUUGAGUGGGGCAACUCGGUGGACGUGUCCAAAUUCCGGGCAGAGCCGCUGUCAGAUUCAGUCGGCGAGGACGCCGAGUCUCAUGCGGCGCUAGAAGUGAGAGAUUUCCUAGCCAGAACCAUAAGCUCCACUGAAAUGUAAGGCAUACCAAUCGGUGUGCAACCGACAUCCCCAUAAACAUAAAAGCUGUAGAGAUAAUGACUAAAAUAAAACCAAAUUAAGUUACAUUAUAGAAA